GAAAACAAAAUCAAUCGUUGAUUGGUCCAAAGAUUUUAAUAUUAAAAUGUCACGUUAUCUCUGUUAAUGUUUCCGCUAGAGUAUAUUAACAUCUCAAUCAAGCGAUCCUCCCUCAAAACCUCCCAACUAGUGACAAGAGAAAUCGCGCAGUACAGGACAAUGGCCAGACUGUGUGUGUGCCUAUUAGCCCUGGUGAUGCUGGCUUCUGUGAAGGCAGCUACAAGAGAAUACUUCAUCGCAGCACAAGACAUUUUGUGGAACUACGUCCCAGGAGGUGGACAGUUCAAAGACAGAGAUGGAGAGACAUUCGCUGAAACCUGGACGAAAUCAAGUGCUGACAGAAUAGGUCCAGUGUACAGGAAGGCUGCCUACUUCCAAUAUACCGAUGCAUCAUUCUCUGAGGAGAUUCCUAAACAUCCACAGCUCGGACUCUUGGGGCCCCUCAUUAGAGCUGAGGUGGGUGACAUGAUCGUCAUCAACUUCUUCAACAACGCCACAGGAAACUUUUCCAUUCACCCACACGCAGUUUUUUAUCAGAAGAUGAACGAAGGUGCACUUUACCUCGACGGAACAUCCGGUCAAGAUAAAAAAGAUGACGCAGUUCCUCCUGGUAAAAUAGUGACCCAGAUCUGGCACGUGACUGAGAACAACUCACCUACAGACAGUGAUCCUAACUGCCUACCAUGGGCGUACCACUCACACACAGAUUCUGUCAAAGAUCCAGCUGCUGGUCUACUUGGCGUCAUAGUCACUUGUAAAAAAGGUGUCUUGGACAGCUACGGAGCCAGGAAAGACGUGGAUGUGGACCUGCCCCUGGUCGCCUUCAACUGGGACGAGAACCUCAGCUGGUACAUCGAUGAGAACAUCCAGAGGUAUUGUGGCGACCCUGCCAGGUGCGUCCAACUCCAGCAGAGCGCUGACCCCGCUUUCGUGGACAGUAAUCGCAGAAGGUCCCUCAACGGUUUGCAGUUCUCCACAAUGUUCGGACUCCAGGCAUGCGCUGGGAGCCGAGUCGUCUUCUACAACAUUGGCUUUGGGAACGAAGUGGACGUUCAUGGCAUCCAUUUCCACGGUCAAGAUAUGAAGUACCAACACACCAGGGGAGACACCGUUUCAGUUUACAGUGCUACUUUUGUGGCCGCAGAGACCACACCCCAAGUGCCCGGAGACUGGCUAGUAACUGACGUCACAGAGAACAAUGAACGAGCUGGAAUAUCUGCCAUCUUCAGUGUUUUCGAUUGUGACGCUGCCGGCUACAAGAAGUCUGAGACUUACGGUAUUGUCCGACGCUAUUUCUUGACUGUGGAAGAGACCACCUGGAACUACGCGCCAAGCGGAAAAGAUUUGAGAACCGGUCAGGAUUUGACCGGCCCAUCAGCAUCUGCUAGUUACAUGGAGUCAGACAAGGGACAUUCCUUCUACCAGUACGAGUCUCCGAACUACCAAGCGCCCUCACAAAGUCAAUAUCCAGGCCCUUCACAGAUUCAGCUGACCUACACCAAGGCCAGGUUCUUCCAGUAUACCAAUGGAGCUUUCAAAUAUAGGGUCGCUAGCCCCGAGCAUCUGGGCCUCGUUGGGCCUGUCUUGAAAGCUGAGGUUGGCGACACACUUGUGGUGUCAUUGAAGAACACCAUCCCCUUUCCUGUCUCUUUCUUGCCUCAUGGCCUGAGAUACGAUUCAUCUGAGGAAUUUAUAGCGGGCACAAGUUAUCCAGGUGGUAUCGUGGGUCAAGGUGAGGUCCACAACUACACAUUUUAUGUACCCACUGACCUAUUGGACGGUAGCUACCUUCCCUGCAGGAACUUUUUGUACAGCUCCACCUAUGACAUUGCCAAAGAUCAGAACGCUGGGCUAGUGGGAGUCCUGCUCGUCUGUAGAAAAGGUUACUUCAGCAGUAAAGAAUACAAACCCAAGGAGAUCUUCCUUCUUCUCUCUAUCAUUGAUGAGAGCAACUCUCUGUACACCAAACCUAACACUUCUGUGCCUGAUCUGAAAGCAGCCAUUAAUGGUUACAUAUUUGGAAACCUGCCACAACUGGACGUCUGCACCAACGAAAACGUCAUCUGGUACGUCAUGUCCGUUGGAUCUGCCCUUGACGUCCACACACUUACCUUUGAUGGUAACACCUUUGAUGAGAAUGGAAAUAACAGAGACGCUAGAUACCUGACCCCCGGAGCUACAGCGGCUUUGUCAAUGAACCCUGACAACCCAGGUAGAUGGAUGCUGUACUCCCACUCCAAUCUAGCCAGAGAGAACGGAAUGUUUGCCUUCUACAACGUGAAGACUUGCAAGAGCAGCUACACUUCUAAAGACCAAUCAGGCUACGGCAAAACCAGAGACUACUUUGUAGCAGCGGAUGAACUUCUGUGGGACUACGCCCCACUGCCAAGAUCUAUUGUGACCGGGGAGGAUCUCUUCAACCCAAACACUGAGGGACACAUAUUUGUAAGACACGAUCCCUACUUCAUUGGUAAAGUUCACAAGAAAGCCGUCUACCGGGAGUACACUGACGACAGCUUCAAGUUGAUCAAACCAGGAGAGAACCGAGACAUCCUUGGUCCAGUGAUGGUGGCAGAAGUCGGGGACACCAUCAGGGUCACCUUCAAAAACAACGCAAGAAUACCUUUCUCCAUUCACGUUCAUGGCCUCAAGACCAGUCAAAAAGAUAGCGGAGUCAACUACGGAGAUGCCACAGCUGUUGCCCCUGGUCAGGUUUACCAGUACGUCUGGCAAGUACCCGAGAGAUCUGGUCCCGGUCGAAAUGACCCCAACUGCAUUCCCUGGGUGUAUUACUCUUCUAUCGACCCCUUGAAGGACACCAACUCUGGUCUACUCGGAGGUCUGGUGGUCUGCAGGAAAGGUAUUCUGGAUUCCUACUCUAGAAGGAAAGAUGUGGACAGAGAGUUGUUUACCUUGUUCACAGUCAUGAAUGAAAACGACAGUUGGUACUUGGAAGAGAACAUCAAGAUGUUCGCCCCUGCCCGUAUAGGCACAAACUACCAAAAUGACCCGAGGUUUGUCGAGAGUAACAAGAAACACACAAUCAAUGGGCGUAUCUAUGGCAACAACCAGAACCUGAUCAUGAUCUACAACCAGAAGGUUGCUUGGAAUGUGAUGGGUUUGGGAACUGAGAUUGACCUACACACUGUCCAUUUCCAUGGACACACCUAUGUCCAAAGUAGUAUUGACCACAAGGACGAUGUUGUGCAGAUCUUCCCAGGCAUGGCCGAAGUCGUUGAGUUUAUUGCUGAUGAUCCUGGCACCUGGCUUUUCCAUUGCCACGUGCUGGAUCACAUAGCGGCUGGCAUGGAGACCUACUACACCGUAUUCAAACCAGCUGCUGCUCAAGAUUCUAAAGCUUAUUGAAUGUGUCUCUAUGAGACCAAGUGGAUGAAAGGGAUUAAUUGUAUUAGAAUAAAGAUUUAUAAUAACGAC